AUGAAUGGUACUGGAAGGUUAGAACAUCCUUCUGGGGAAGUUUAUAAAGUCAAGUUCAAAGACAACAUGUUUCAUGGGGCUGGAACCUGCACAUUUCCAAGUGGAGCAAAGUACAUUGGAUCAUUCAAUGAAAACAAGAUGGAAAGUGAAGGAGACUUUAUAGAUGAAUGGAGUGGCACAUUUCAUGGCUUGGCAGCAGUGGGACUGAAGCAGAAGUUGAAAAUGUAG